AUUAGUGGCGAUAUUCAGCAACCUAUAUCUUUAAGCCUUUUUUCACAUAUCUCCCCGUUCAAUACAGCGCCGACGUCGCAAGUCCUGCAGCCAUGUCUCGCCAUCACCCAGAUCUCGUUAUGUGCCGCAAGCAGCCUGGUAUUUCCAUCGGCCGACUCUGCGACAAGUGCGACGGCAAGUGCCCCGUGUGCGAUUCCUACGUGCGACCUACGACGCUUGUCCGGAUCUGCGAUGAAUGCUCCUUCGGCAACUACCAGAACAAGUGUAUUGUCUGUGGUGGUGAAGGUAUCAGUGAUGCCUUCUAUUGUUUUGAGUGUACGAGGUUAGAGAAGGAUCGAGAUGGUUGUCCCAAGAUUAUCAAUCUUGGAAGUUCGAGGACAGAUUUAUUCUACCAAAAGAAAAGUUUUCGAAAUCAUUGAUGUUGCGGCAUGCCUUUCCUCGUUCGCCCCGUGCCUUAACCGAUCGCGGUGCAUUACUCGGCGUCCGGCGAGGCAUCUUCUACCCUACGCUUAUAUUUCUCGCGCCUUCCGCAAAAUAUGUCGGCUUCCGGGCGAUUUUCAUACUUGAGAGCUUAGAAAGGGUGGACAUAUUUGACAGUGACAGCGGGGGCUAUCUAAAUAUUUUAAGAAGGUGCCCGGAAGAGCAGUACAGCCAAUUCUACCUUCCAGGCCGCUUAGGUCUG